UUAUUUACAACCAACUUCGUUUUCUUUUAUUUGCUGCGAAAGUUUGGUAUUAAACGUUUAACGCGUGUUUUUCGCGUGCAUUUUUGGUUCUUAAAACAUUCUAAAACGUUUAAUAGUGUGUGAAAUACACAAAACUUUGUAAUUUAACAACGUUCCAGCUAAGUAGCACAGUUUUAAAAUGUCGAAAAGGCGCAUAGAAGUCGGUGAAACCUAUAACUCGAAGGCGAAAAAGGAUUAUGAUCCGUCCUCGACAGCGUUUAGCAAUGCCACUACAGGUGCUCCUGCGACCGGUGCCGUAGUAGGUGCCACGCGCCAGCCGGGCACUAUGAACCCUUACAAUCUGAAACCAUAUACACAACGCUAUUUCAAUCUUUACAAGAAACGUAUUACGCUGCCGGUUUUUGAAUAUCAAGCUGACUUCAUGCGUCUGUUAAACGAACAUCAAUGUAUAGUUUUAGUGGGAGAAACUGGUUCAGGUAAAACCACACAAAUUCCACAAUGGUGCGUUGAGUUUGCACUGACAAAAGGUAAAAAGGGUGUCGCUUGUACACAACCACGUCGUGUGGCAGCUAUGUCUGUAGCACAACGUGUUUCCGAAGAAAUGGACGUCGGACUUGGUGAAGAAGUGGGCUAUUCUAUACGUUUCGAAGAUUGUUCGUCUGCCAAAACCGUGCUCAAAUACAUGACAGACGGUAUGUUGUUGCGUGAGGCUAUGUCUGAUCCUAUGUUGGAACAAUAUCAGGUUAUAUUGUUGGACGAGGCUCACGAACGUACAUUGGCAACAGAUAUUUUGAUGGGUGUGCUGAAAGAAGUUAUAAGACAACGUAGUGAUUUGAAAUUAGUUGUGAUGUCAGCCACUUUGGAUGCUGGCAAAUUCCAACAGUAUUUCGAUAAUGCACCAUUAAUGAACGUACCGGGUCGUACGCAUCCAGUAGAGAUUUUCUAUACACCCGAACCCGAACGUGAUUACUUGGAAGCAGCAAUACGUACCGUUAUACAAAUACAUAUGUGCGAAGAUAUUGAAGGUGACAUAUUGAUGUUUUUAACUGGUCAGGAGGAAAUCGAGGAGGCAUGCAAGCGUAUUAAACGUGAAACCGACAAUUUGGGUUCAGAUAUUGGCGAACUUAAAUGUAUACCACUAUACUCAACUUUGCCACCAAAUUUACAACAACGUAUUUUUGAGCCGGCACCACCACGUAAUGCUAACGGCGCCAUCGGACGUAAAGUUGUGGUAUCCACCAAUAUUGCUGAGACAUCGCUCACCAUUGAUGGUGUUGUGUUCGUGAUUGAUCCCGGUUUUGCGAAACAGAAAGUCUACAAUCCACGUAUACGUGUAGAGAGUUUACUUAUUUCCGCUAUAUCCAAGGCUUCGGCACAACAACGUGCUGGUCGUGCUGGACGUACACGCCCAGGCAAAUGCUUCCGUUUAUACACAGAAAAGGCUUAUAAAAAUGAAAUGCAGGAUAAUACCUAUCCAGAAAUUUUGCGUUCCAAUUUAGGUACUGUUGUCUUACAAUUGAAGAAACUUGGUAUUGAUGAUUUGGUGCAUUUCGAUUUCAUGGAUCCACCGGCACCGGAAACACUUAUGCGUGCUUUGGAAUUGCUUAAUUACUUAGCUGCUUUGGAUGAUGAUGGUAAUCUCACGGAUUUGGGUGCCGUCAUGUCUGAAUUUCCAUUGGAUCCACAGUUGGCUAAAAUGUUGAUAGCUAGCUGUCAACAUAAUUGCUCGAAUGAGAUACUAUCGAUUACGGCAAUGCUGUCGGUGCCACAAUGCUUUGUGCGUCCAAAUGAGGCUAAGAAGGCAGCUGAUGAGGCAAAGAUGCGUUUCGCGCACAUCGAUGGUGAUCACUUGACGUUGUUGAAUGUCUAUCAUGCUUUCAAGCAGAGUGGCGAAGACCCCAAUUGGUCGUAUGAGAAUUUUAUAAAUUUCCGUUCAUUGAAAUCAGCCGAUAAUGUGCGUCAACAGCUCGCACGCAUUAUGGAUCGUUUCAAUUUGAAACGCAGCAGCACCGAAUUUACAUCCAAAGAUUAUUACGUGAAUAUACGUAAAGCUUUAGUGCAGGGCUUUUUCAUGCAGGUCGCGCAUUUGGAGCGCACCGGUCACUAUUUGACCAUUAAAGACAAUCAAAAUGUGCAGUUACAUCCGUCUACAUGUUUGGAUCAUAAACCCGAUUGGGUCAUCUACAAUGAAUUCGUGUUGACAACGAAGAAUUAUAUACGCACAGUUACAGAUAUUAAGCCGGAAUGGCUACUCACCUUAGCGCCACAGUACUAUGAAAUGACCAACUUUCCACAAUGCGAGGCAAAGCGACAGCUGGAAAUGCUGCAGCAGCGUCUCGAAUCGAAGCAGUAUCAAAAGGGAUUUUAGUUCGAACGCUGCUGAAAUAGGCGCCCACUAAGAAUUCCGAAAGUUUUGCCUUUCUUUCACACUGUUAUCACUCUUAAGUUAAUAUAACCAACAAUUUGUUUUGUAGUUUGAAAACGUCAUUUCUUCACAACAAAUUUGAAUAAAAUUAUUGAACUGUCUAAAACAGCGCUAGCAGUUCUUUUCUAUAAUUAUAACAACAACAACAAUUAAUAAAUUGGUUGUUAUAUCCAAAUGCGCAGCAGUUUGUUAAUAUGCGCGUGUCGCGUGAUUUUGAAGUUUGCUAAAUAAUAUAAAGUAUGCGUAGCAAGAGCUUACAUACAUAUAUACUUAUACUUAUAUACAAUACAUACAUAAAAAAUAAAUGCUAGAUGUAAAAUAUGUGGCUAUUAA